AUAAUAUAGCAGAAGUUGUAGAAGAGUAUAAGGUAUAAAUAUAUAAAUCAUGAUUAUCCAUUUAUUUAUGUAAUGCAUAUUAAAUAACGCCUAUUCUAGGCUAGACAACAUGUUGUUUAGCACUGUGUAAGAAAAAUGAAUAAAUUAGUUUCUUCUCUCAAAAAAUUGGUGGAAACAAUAGACAUGAAAAUAGAUAAUUUAAUGCUAUAUAAUGUAUCUGGUAAUACAAUUAAAGAGGAAAAUAUAGAAGAAUCAUUUGAUAAAAUAUGAUACAUGCAAGGUAAGAAGUUUUUGGUAUAUUAAGAAGGUUGGCUUUUAAGGAAGUUAGCAAAUUACUGUUGUUUACUAACAGAGGAGCUAGGAAUAGAUUAUUUGAAUUUAAAUUCUUUCUCCACUUGUAAACUUGGUGACCAUGAGUGUGAUCUCUCUAAGCACUGGUUGAUGCAUCUAUCAUGCAGAUAAAAAUAGAACCUAACUCAGAAUUGUUGUAAGGAAUGAUGAGAUAAUUCAUAUACCUGGUGCAUAGUUUGUACUAAGUAAACAUUUGCCAUUAUUAUUCUAUAAUCAAAGAGAGUGUUAAAGAGGAUUUUAAGCAGAAUUAUGUAGUCAAAACUUUUUUAAAUGGAGCAUACUAAAAAUGUUAAGGAGAAUAUUUUGAAGAACAUGGACAUAAAGCCUUCAGUAAUGUGUAGCAGUAACUGAUGUUUGUGGAAGAGGCUUAGGCAACGUUGAACGUUAUGGAUACGGCAGGCUCUAUCUAUGGUGUGAAUGGGGGCACCCCUGGGAGAGCAUAUAAAAUAGAUAAAUCAUUUGCCUGAAGAUAGAAUUACAUGGAACACAAACAUUUAGGGCAUAGUAUCAGAAAAACAGAGGCCUAUGAAGGAGAUAAAGAAGAAAUGGCCAGUGAUGUCCUUGGUAAUAGGCAUAAUCACAACCUAGAAAUGGGUGACAAGAGGAAGAAUGAGUAAAAACCAGGCUCCACCAAAGGCCUAUAUUAGGAGAACUCAUAAUAUGGUGGUUGAUAAGUUAGGGAUGAUGCUAAACUAAACGUUACUUUCACAGUGCCAUGAGUUCCCAGAAAAUAAUGUGCUCCAUCAUAUUCCUUUAAGUUAAAUACCAACUUGAUUAAUAUGAGAGCUGGUUAUGGUAUUAGAGAAAAGUGUAACCAACAUUUUUUUUUCUUUUUUCUUAAAGGAUUUUGCAGAGAAGGAGAAGUCCACAGCAAAGGCCCUGGGUGAUGUAAAGGCAAACUUUUACUGUGAAUUAUGUGACAAGCAGUAUCACAAACACCAGGAGUUUGACAAUCAUAUUAAUUCUUAUGAUCAUGCUCAUAAGCAGAGACUUAAAGAAUUAAAGCAACGGGAAUUUGCUCGAAAUGUAGCUUCUAAGUCUUGGAAAGAUGAAAAGAAACAAGAAAAAGCACUUAAACGACUUCAUCAGUUGGCUGAGUUAAGGCAGCAAUCUGAAUGUGUUUCUGGGAAUGGACCAGCAUACAAAGCCCCCAGGAUAGCCAUAGAAAAGCAACUCCAGCAAGGAAUUUUCCCCGUUAAGAAUGGCAGAAAGAUAUCAUGCAUGAAGAGUGCACUUCUCCUUAAAGGAAAAAAUCUUCCUAGAAUCAUUUCCGAUAAACAGCGGUCCACCAUGCCAAAUCGACACCAAUUACAAGCAGACAGGUGUUAUUUGUUUGGAAAUCGGAUACCGCAAACAUCUUCAGAUCUCAGCAAUGCAAAUCACAGAACAGGAGUAUCAUUUUCUUUUUCCAAAAAAGUGCACCUAAAAUUAGAGUCUUCAGCAUCAGUUUUCAGUGAGAACACCGAAGAAGCCCAUGAUUGUAACAAGUCACCCAUUUAUAAAACAAAACAAACUGCAGAUAAAUGCAAGUGCUGCAGGUUUGCAAAUAAAGAUACACACCUUACCAAGGAAAAAGAGGUAAACAUCUCACCAAGCCAUCUGGAAAGUGUUUUACACAAUACCAUCUCCAUAAACUCUAAAAUUUUGCAAGACAAAAAUGACUCUAUUGAUGAGACACUAGAAGAUUCAAUUGGCAUUCAUGCUUCGUUCUCUAAAUCUAACAUUCAUCUUUCAGAUGUAGAUUUUACUCCUUCCAGCAGAGAAAAAGAAACUAGAAAUACAUUGAAGAACACUUUAGAAAAUUGUGUUAAUCACCCAUGCCAAGCAAAUGCUUCCCUCAGCCCACCAAACAUUUACAAGCAUAGUGAUGCCAGGAUAUUUGAAUGUCUGGAUGAGUUUUCAUCACCAGAGCCAAGUGAGCAAAAGAGUACAGUGCAUCUGAAUCCAAAUUCCAGAAUAGAGAACAAAGAAAAAUCUUUAGAUAAAACAGAAAGAGUUAGCAAAAAUGUUCAAAGACUUGUAAGAGAAGCAUGUACCCAUAAUGUGACAUCUAAAUCACUGCCUUUUCUCCACGUUCAAAGCAAGGAUGGCCACACCACUCUUCAAUGGCCUACAGAACUUCUGCUGUUUACAAAAACAGAACCCUGUAUCUCUUAUGGCUGCAACCCACUGUAUUUUGAUUUUAAGCUUUCUCGGAACACAAAGGACGGCCACAAUCCAAAGGACUUAAAAACAGAAUUGGGUGAGAAGCCCUUGGAAGUGAAGACUAAAAGAGAGAGCCAAGUCUCAGGUUUAAUCAAAGGCCAACAAAAAUUGAACCAAGAAGAGAAUGAAUAUCUGAAACCAAAGAUGAUGAUAGGUAAUCUGGAUUGGGAAAAAUUCCAAAGAAAAUAUAAUUUGGACUACAGUGAUUCUGAGCCAAAUAAGCGUGAAUAUAGUUUUAGUGCAAAUGAUUUGGAAAUGAAAAAUCCUGAAGUGCCUCUUUACCUCAAUAUGUCUCUAAAGGAUUGUGCUGGAAAGAAUAACCAUAGUGAGAAUGAACUUAAAGAACCCACAGGGGCGCAUUGGCAAGGCUGCAGAAAGGUAGUUCUAAAUGAUACGGAUGAGGGCCUAUCUUUUCCUACCUACAUCUCUAGGACUAAAAAGCAUAAACUGAUUUCUUGCAAUCCUCGAUCACAGUUUGAAGAUGAAAGGCAAUUCAACUGCAAGUCCAGUCCUUAUACGAUAGAGGGUCACAGUGACCAUGGGAAAGACUUCCGUGUAAUUCUGAAGAGCAACCACAUCAGCAUGACCAGCAAGGUUUCUGGAUGUGGAAACCGAAGAUACAAGAGAUGCUCUCCAAAGUCUUCUUUGAAUAGGCAUUCUUACCCUUCGGAAACAUCCCCUAGCAGCAUGUCCAGCCUCAGAAGUACUUGUUCAAGUCAUAGAUUCAAUGGUAAUAGCAGAGGUAAUUUGCUCUGCUUCUGUAAAAGACAACACAGUUCAGUUGAAAGGCACAAACGGAAAUGUCGAAAGCACAACUGUCUCUACUUGUCUGAUGAAAUAACUAAGAGCAACCAAAUGCCAUCUGAAACACAGAAAGAGAGAAACUGCAAAUUGUGGGAAUCAUUUAAAAAUGAAAAAUACUCAAAACGUAGAUAUUGUCACUGCAGAGAAAGACAAAAACUGGGCAAAAAUCAACAACAAUUUUCAGGGCCAAAAUCUACAAGAAUCAUUUAUUGUGAUUCUAACUCACAGAUUUCCUGUACUGGAAGUGGUGAAAAACCACCUAAUUGCCAGGGAACUCAGCAUGACAGACUGGACUCUUACUCAAGAGAGAAAAUUUAUUACUUGAAUAAAAGCAAGAGAAAUCAAGAGUCUUUGGGCAGCCCCCACAUUUGUGAUCUUGGAAAAGUCAGGCCCAUGAAUUGUAACUCCGGGAAUAUCAGCUGCCUUCUAAACAACUGUUCCAGUGGCCCUCCAGAAAGCACAGAAUUAAACAUUACAGAAGCAGAGAGGACCCCUCUAACAGCAAAAAGCCUUUUAGAAAGAGUACAAGCCAAGAAAUGUCAGGAAAAAUCAAGCAAUGUUGAGGUCUCUUCAAGCAGUUGUAAAAAUGAAUUAGAGGCUCAUUCGCAAGUCCCAUGCACAAUUCAGCUUGUACCAUCAGGCUGUAACAGAGAAGAAUUGCCUUUGUCUGAAAAAAUACAGUAUGCAAGUAAGAGCAGAAAUGAUCAAGACAGUGCAAUUCCAAGGACUACAGAGAAAGACAAAAGCAAAAGUUCACAGACAGAUAGUUGUACAAUUUUAGCAGACACUGAUUGUGAUAACCAUCUUUCUAAGGGUAUAAUUCACCUGGUAACAGAGUCUCAGUCACUAAACAUAGAAAGGAAUCCAAUAGCAAAACAACAAUCAAAACUUUUAAUUGGUGAAAUCCAACCUUUUAUUCAAAGCUGUGACCCAGUGCCAAAUGAAUUCCCUGGUGCUUUUCCAUCUAAUAGGUAUACUGGUGUUACUGAUUCCACAGAGACCAAAGAAGACCAAAUAAAUCUAGACUUACAGGAUGUAAGCAUGCAUAUAAAUCAUGCGGAGGGAAAUAUAAACUCUUCCUAUGACAAAACUAUGCAGAAGGCUGACAAAGUCGAAGACGAAUUAGAAAUGUAUCAUAAAUCUAUCUCUCCCCCUUUAAUUCAACAGCCCAUAACAUUUUCUCCUGACGAAAUAGAUAAAUAUAAGAUCCUACAGCUACAAGCCCAGCAGCAUAUGCAGAAGCAACUCCUAUCAAAGCAUCUUCGAGUUUUGCCUGCUGCAGGACCUGCCUUCUCUCCGGCCUCAACCAUACAGACCGUUCCAGUUCACCAGCACACUUCUGUCACCACCAUUCACCACACAUUCCUGCAGCAUUUUGCUGUUUCUGCUUCCUUAAGUUCUCAUAGCAGUCACCUCCCUAUUGCUCAUCUUCAUCCUCUUUCACAGGCACAUUUCACUCCUAUUUCAUUUUCGACUCUGACUCCAACCAUUAUCCCUGCACAUCCCACCUUCCUAGCAGGUCAUCCCCUGCAUUUAGUAGCAGCUACCCCCUUCCACCCAUCUCACAUAACACUUCAGCCCCUGCCCCCUACAGCAUUUAUUCCUACACUGUUUGGCCCUCACUUAAACCCAGCCACAACUUCUAUCAUCCACUUGAAUCCUUUAAUCCAACCGGUAUUCCAAGGUCAAGAUCUUUGCCAUCAUUCUUGCUCUAGCCAGAUGCAACAGCUAAAUGAAGUAAAAGAGGCCUUAAAUGUGUCCAUGCACUUGAACUAAUAAGUGUUAAAGUCCCUCUUGUGGAUAAUUUUUUUUAAUUUUCACUAUCUAUAAAAUAAUAUAUUUAAAACAGUCUAUCAAUUAUAAGAUUUAAAAUAUUGCUGCCAAUUCAAAAUGUGACCAAUACAUAAUUAUGACCUGAAUUGCCAAUAUUAAAACAAGAGCAUUUUAAUAAUUUUUUAGCUUGCCAAAAUAAUAGGCAAAUUUAAAAUAAUUUUAUGAAAGGGUAUAGGGAAGAGGGAAAAGGGUGAAAGAUUUGUUUUGGAUGGGUUUUCACGUAAUGUUAUAAAAUAGCAACAGAAACCAUUCAAGCAGAGCAUUAAAAUUAAAAAGAAAAAUCAAAUGAAAUAUGGCACCCUGUAUUCUAAGUGUUUGUUAUGAGAAUGAAUGAGUGUUGAUUUGGCUUAUUUGUUAGAUAAUAAAAGGUCAGUGAAAUGAAGCGAUUAUUAAAAGUAAUUUCUAUGGUUAACUACUAAGUUUUCAAUUAAUGUACUCCGUUACUGUAUUUUCAUAGGAAAUAAGAACAAAACAUUUUCUGAUUAGGUUGAAAUUAUACUUCAGUAAAAACAAUCUUUAUAGAUUGUACUUUUGAGUUUCUGUGAAAAAUAAAUUUCCUCCUUCAUUUCACAUAAAUCUAUGUCAAGAUAAUUUUGUAAGUAUAAGAAUCAGCAAAAUCUAAAACUAAGAAUGUUUAACUUUUGUAUUAAAAAAGAUACAACUAUCAUUAGUAUUUGAUAAAGCAAACUCUAAAAUGUACUCAGAAUAACCUUUUCAAUAUAUUGGUCAAUCUAUCAAAUAGUACAGGAAUUAAGAUGUUAAGUGUUUAUUAUUCUUCUACUCAAAAGUUUUACUAUGUUCAGCUAAUAUACCUGUAAGGAUAGAAGUAAAGGUUUGAAAAUGUCGAUGUUUUUACAUGUUUCUUGAAGAUAUUAAAUAUCUGGUGUGUUUUAUUCAAUUGUGCUAGAUAUUUAUGGAACAAUGAAUGAUGAUGAAUAAAAUCACCAUACAUGUAAUUUUGCAAACAAUUUCAAACAUUCAAAAUGGUUUUUGGCCCACAAAAUUUUUAUUUCAUACAUCUAUAUUGGUGCAUGAUCCUAGAGUUAGGUUUAUUAUUUUAUGUUCUUAAGCUUGAGUUUCAGAGAAAUCAAACUUAACAGAAAUGGAGGUGGUCAUUUAUCUAAUAAUGCUGCCUAUACGAAGAUGCAAACUCCUCUACCACUAGAAGAUUAGAGGAUGUCUUCUUCAGCCUUGGCUUCAAAAUGAAGACAGCUAUAUUUACUUAAGGUCUGUUGUGAUUCAGGUAGAGUCACCCUAACCACUGGUUUGCAUUAUCUUCUUUACUUUUCACAACUGUAUUUUUAAAUCAGUAUUAUGAUUCCUUAUUAUAGAUAAGGAAAAUGAAGUAGAAAAGUUAAAUACUAAAUGCUUGGUAAACAGUAGGAAAGGACAUCUUUGAUUCAGGAGAGACGGUGAGAGGUGAGAGGUGAGAGAGAAAGAGUGGAGAGAAUAAAAAGAAUAAAAGGAGAUAAAAUAAAUUUGAAGUUUUAACAGAAAGAAAAACUGUAGUUUCUAAGAUAUCAUCAGAAACUUGUGAGAUAAGAGUUCUGAGUGGUAUGUAACAGUGACAAAAUCUAAUUAAUUUAAAAGGAUUGGAAAAAUGAAGAAAAACCAUCAAAUAUCAAGAAGCUAUACUUGCAUGGAAUUCCAUGAAAAUAAUUAUAAAAGACCAUUGAUGACAAUGAGUAAAUCCAGAAAGAAGCGAGAUAAAUGAAAUAUUUCU